AUGUUGUGUCUUGUUUUCUUGGUGUUUCCUUCAAUUCUAACUAUGUAUGUUUCGAUUUCCGGAAACCCGUUUAGAGGUUUUGGCGCAAGUUUCAGUGUUAUCAAUUAUGAUUUCGAUAGUUGCAAUAAGAUCUGUGAUGAUUCUACAGAUUGUCAGGUAAUUCAAAUUAUGAUAUUGUGAAAUUUAUAGAAAAAACUAUUUUUCAGGCAUUUUACUUCAACAAUUCGACAAUGAAUUGUACCACCUAUAAUUAUCAACAAUUGGCAUCAUUCACACAACAAUAUGUCAGCCCCGUGACUGAAAUAUUUAGUUUCAAGGUUCCCUCAAAAAUCUCAUCACAAUCGGAAACCUUUUGUUUUGCAGGUGGACAUCACAAAUUGUUCAGAUCCUUUGGCUCUGGUUUACUAUAAGACUCUUUCAGAGUUAACCUACAGUUAUAAUAAAACUGGGGAUAAUUGGGUCAUCUAUACCAUUAAUAUCAUAGCUCCGUAA